AUGAGCGACUACUCUUCAGGUUACAACUUUGGUGGUGCUGCUGCUGACUCGGGUAGCAAGAAGCAAGAAGUCAUGGACAAGGUUCGCAGCGAACUUGCCUUGGCUAACGCUCAAGAGCUUAUCAACAAAAUCAACGAAAAGUGCUACGAAAAGUGCGUUCCCAAGCCUGGCUCCAGCCUUUCCUCUGGUGAGCAAGCUUGCCUUUCCAAGUGCAUGGAUCGUUACAUGGAGGCCUGGAAUGUCGUUUCCCGCGCUUAUGUCUCGCGUAUUCAGCGUGAAUCUGCCAACCAAUCCUUUGGUGGAAGCAUGUAA